GUUCUUCAUCAGCCCCUUCCAAGCCCCACUAGUGGCUCCCCAGUGAUUGAAAGCUUUCAUAUCAUGGCGGUCUCGAAGUCUUCGCCAUUCAUUCUUCCUUUAGAGAGUGACGAGGGCCAAAAGCUACUGAAAGACAGUCAUUUUAGCCAUCUGCUUCCUUAUUUCCGUAACCAGGUAAAUUUUAAGUUCUGUGGUUUUUGUAGUGCAGCAAUUUGUCUCAAUGAAAUUCUUGACAAGCGACAACCUGCAGCAAGUCUUCACCCCGACAUUUCUGAACUUUCUUUACAAAAGCACAACAAAGAAACUUUGGAAGAAGAUGAUAUUUUUGCGAUUGGACUGGAAAGAUCAAUUUUUAGGAGAGAUUACGUUUUAAAAGAUGGAAUUACCCUCGCAAUGUUCGCAAAACUCUUUAGCAGUAUCGGUCUUCGUGGUAGAUUUUACUACGCCUACGAUUCAACCUGCAACCAAUAUUCAACGAUGACACAGUGUCCGGGGACUUUUUCAGUGGAUGAAUUUCGAUCCUUGGUUCUAGAAAACUUAAAAAAACCAGGAACACAUGUUGUUGUGAAUUAUCAUUUUCUGACGUUCUUCCCAGCGGUGAAUAUGGGGCAUUUCAGCCCGUUAGGUGGCUAUCACUAUGGGGAAGACAUGUUUUUGCUGAUGGAUGUGUGGCCGAGCCAUCCAGUUGGUUGGGUAAAGGCAGAGAAACUAUUUGAGGCUAUGAUAGCAGAGGAUAGAUCUUCUCAGAUGCCAAGAGGGUUUUGUAUUAUUGACUCUGGCUAAUGAUUAAUUUGUAGAAAAUAUUUCGACAAAACGAACCACACGUGAAUGUCACGCGAUCGUAAUAAUUAUUACGCAAAUGAUUGACCAAGAUGGAUAACACGAUGGAUAACAGAAUUGUACAAGACCAAAUGUUGAAUUCUAAUAAGAAUGUCGCUUAAAAUUAUUAAAACUAAAAGAAAUCAGUUAAUAAAUGAAGAUCUUCAUGAGAAUUAAUUGUUAGGUCCAUCUUGCCUCAAUCCAACCUUAAGCACUUGCAGCCAAGGGGAAUACCCCAUGAGUUACUUUCCUAUAUUGCUCACAUGAUGUGUGCAACCCAGCAAGGCAGUGCUUUCAGUACUUCUUAAGUACAUUAGUAUGUCCAUAUUCAUACAAUUUUCUAAAAACAGUACAGUGUUGUACAGAGAUAUUUAUGUUAAAAUGUGUAAACUGGAGAGCUGAGCCCCACAAAUUCCUGCUACUUCAUAAGGAGCCAACUUAUGUGAGGCGCAAAUAAAACAAUUGUAGUUCUUGCAGUUUUUUGUUUUUUUUUUUUGCGCAUACUGUUCAAACUUUUGAAACCUUGAUAUGCCAAACUCAAAUCAAAGUCUUUGUUGGUUUCUGAGUUGUACAGUAUUGAUGUUCUGGAUUUUUUUUAAUUAAGAUCCGGAUAGUUUACACUUUAGAAUCCAC